AUGCGCCGCCUCCCGCGGGCCGCGCUGCUGCCGCUGCCGCUGGCCCUGCUCGUGGCCGCCGGGGCCCCCGAGCCGCCGGUGAGCGCGCCGCGGAGCCUGGCGUGGGGGCCCGGGCUGCGGGCGGGCGUCGUUCUCCCGGUCCGCUAUUUCUACCUGCAGGCGGUGAACUCCGAGGGCCGGAACCUCACCCGCUCGCCCGCAGAUCAAACACUAUUCAGAGUAAUAAUCAAAUCUCUUUCACCUAAAGAGUUAGUCCGGAUUCACGUUCCCAAACCUUUGGACAGGAAUGAUGGGACAUUUUUGGUGCGGUACAGGAUAUAUGACACUGUCAGCGCGGGGCUGAAGAUAGAGGUCCUUUAUGGUGAUGAACACGUGGCUCAGUCUCCUUAUAUUUUGAAAGGACCAGUGUACCAUGAGUACUGUGAGUGUCCAGAAGAGGAUCCUCAGGCCUGGCAGAGGACUCUUUCGUGUCCAACCAAGGAACCACAGAUUGCAAAAGAUUUCGCUUCUUUCCCCAGCAUCAAUCUCCAGCAGAUGCUAGACGAAGUUCCGAAAAGGUUUGGGGAUGAGAGGGGUGCCAUUGUCCAUUACACGAUUCUCAAUAACCACAUCUACCGGAGAUCUUUAGGGAAAUACACAGACUUCAAAAUGUUCUCAGACGAGAUUUUGCUGUCACUGGCAAGAAAGGUUCUUUGCCCAGUGGCUGGGAAGAAAUCCAAGGUCCUUCUCCCUGAUAUAGAAUUUUAUAUUAAUCUUGGAGAUUGGCCUCUGGAGCAUCGAAAAGUCAAUGAGACCCCUGGCCCUUUACCUAUCAUUUCAUGGUGCGGCUCCCUGGAUUCACGAGAUAUUAUCCUUCCAACGUAUGACAUCACCCACUCCACACUUGAAGCAAUGAGGGGUGUCACCAAUGAUCUCCUCUCUAUUCAGGGAAAUACAGGGCCUUCCUGGAUCAAUAAAACAGAGAAAGCUUUCUUCAGAGGUAGAGAUAGCCGAGAAGAGAGGCUCCAGUUGGUACAGCUGUCCAAGGAAAACCCAGAGCUCCUAGAUGCAGGAAUUACAGGAUAUUUCUUUUUCCAAGAGAAAGAAAAGGAGCUUGGAAAAGCUAAAUUGAUAGGUUUCUUUGAUUUCUUUAAGUACAAGUAUCAAGUGAAUGUGGAUGGGACCGUCGCUGCUUAUAGAUAUCCAUACCUCAUGCUGGGCAACAGUUUGGUUUUGAAGCAGGACUCGAAAUAUUAUGAACAUUUCUAUAUGGCACUACAGCCUUGGAAACAUUAUGUUCCAAUUAAAAGAAAUCUUAGUGAUUUACUAGAGAAAAUUAAGUGGGCCAAGGAAAAUGAUGAAGAAGCCCAGAAGAUUGCAAAAGACGGACAGUUGGCUGCUAGGGACCUGCUGCAGCCACACCGGCUCUACUGCUACUAUUACAGAGUGCUCCAGAAAUAUGCAGAGCGCCAGUCCAGCAGACCCAAAAUACGGGAUGGGAUGGAACUGGUUCCUCAGCCAGAUGAUAACACGUCCAUGUGCCAGUGCCACCGAGAAAGACCUUUCCGAGAAGAGCUUUAAGUCAGCUCACUUUCACCUCCUGCUUAUGCCAGUGGUGCAUUGAAUGCAAGUGUUCAGAUAGGAGCCACGCGCUGUACAAGUACCGUUAAGAAGACGUAGAUGGGGAGAGCAAUCUGAGAGCAAGUAUUACAAGUAUCAUUGAAUCUUACUUUAUUUUGUAUAAAAACUGCUAUGAUCAAAAUCACAGUUUCUCUGAAAAGAAAACUGGCGGGUUUUAGUAUACAGAGAGGCUUGCCAAAAUAUAAAUCACUCCCUAUGAAAGAAACUAUUUACAUCGUAUUUCUUGGUUUGUUUCCAUCCCUUGUUCACUUUCCCUCUCCCUCUUCCAAUUAUGAAGAAAAAAUAUUUGUUUGUGCAGGGUUCUUCCCCUCUUAUUGCAUAAUUUCUCCUCCUACAAGCUGCUUUGGGCAUUCAUUAAUAGCGAGCCUUCUCUUGGAAGGUCUGAUAAGAGUAAUUAAGGAAGAAGAGGAUGGCUGCCUUAUUAAAAGUAGCUUGGAGACUAUGGGGGCAAUGUUUUUUAAAGCUCACUCAUAACUUUUCAGCUAAGUUUUGCCAAAGCCUAAGACAAAAUUAAGGAGAAAUUAUGCCAUAAACUAAUAAUUCCCAAUCUAUUUGGGUGGUACACCAAAUAAGGACAACACAAUUAUUCGUAGAGAGAACAUUCUAUGGGUACUGUUCAUUACCUAUAUAUUGAAUAGAUGGAAGAUAACUAUAAUUAGGUGGGGAUCUCUACCACUUUUUUACAUUUUUAAAAGAGCUACUUGAAAACAUGUGCCAUAAGCUGCAGUAAGCCUGGUAUCUUGGGAAUUCACCAAUAAGCUGACAAGAAAGGCAAGUAUCCUAACCGCUCCCCUCCUCUGUUUCAGUGCAUUGCUAAGAGAAAAACUUUGGAAAUUUCCUUUUGGAUAGGGUCAAGACUUAAGACAUAUAGCCCAGAAAUUCAUUACACACUCCUUGUAAGAAUCACCAGUCCAAGGUUCACUUCACUCAAGAACACACUCCCAAAGCAAGAGCUCUCCACUCCCAGUCUAAAAAUAUUUACUCCCCUAAUUGAAAUAUUUACUUCACCUGAAAAACAAUGUAACCACUUUAAAGUAGCCAUAUCCAUAAAUGCAGAAUUGCGUAACUAGAUGAGCAAAACCACAUUUAGGAACAAGUAUCCAAGGAAAACCAAUACCCACCAAUUGUUUAGAAGUACAAGGUCACAAGUAUAAAAUAAAGGGCAAGCUGUACUGGGACCUUGCCCUAAUGAAUCAUGUCCUAAAUAUAUUGUAUAUGGAGUUUGGAGCUUGUCAAAGCUGAGAUUAUUGAGAGAAAAUUUGUUCUCCCUCACACCACCCAGCCCACCAAUCCCAGGUCAGGUCCUUCCUUGUGGCUGAUGGCAUUUUUGUUAGAAACAUCUCAAAUUUUUAAAAUGUCUAUCACUUGCUGCCAAACAAGCCUGAUAGUUAAAAGUGAACUGAAAUAUACCAAGCAGCUUCUGAGCAUGGAACAGGAAAGAUAUAUUUCAGAAAUUAAGUGGAACCCUCAAAAAAUUUCAUAGGGAGUGAGCAUUCAAUCUAGAUAAUUCUUCAUCUGCCCAGCUCAGUCAUAGUCUUUAAAAAUAGUUCAUUUUACAUGGCUUUCUGGUUUGUUGACACUAAUAUAACUUAAUAAAAUAGUUUUACUAAAGCUCUGAUUUUUUCCUUCAAAUUCACAUAAUGUCUGCACAUUCCAUUAGUCAUUUUUAGUACUUCAACUUUCCUUUUUUAAAAAUCUGAUUUUUAAAAAGGAAGAGAGGGGUAUAAGGAUAUGCAAGUAAAUAUAAUGAGUGCAUUUAUCUAAAUAAGCUGCCAGCCUGUUUGUUGCGGCAUUGUUUUUAUUAGUAAAAUGUUAGAAACACCUUGAAUAGUUUUCAUGAGGGAACUGGCUAAAUAGUUAUUGCUAUAUAAAGGAAUGUAAUACAACUAUUUUUAAAAAGUAGCUCUAAAAAAAAAGUAGCUCUAAAUGUACUAUCGUGAACAAUUUCCAUUACAGUAUUCAGUGAAAAAGCUAAGUUACAGAACAAUAUGAAUAAUGUGAAACCAUGAAUGUAAAAAACAAAAAUAUAUUUGUGUGGUUGAAAGUUUGGAAGGAUUUUACCAAUGUCUGAGGAGGGAGAGAAGGGAAUUUUUACUUUUUGCUCUAUACCUGUCUAUGAUAUUCUAUUUUUACUACAAGUAUGAAUCAGAUUAUAAAGAAAAAUGUAAACCUAGGAAAAGAUUUUAAGUGCACAAAAAAUAUACAUAAUAAAAUAAAAUGGAUAUUUAUAUUUUCCAUUAUGCUAUUUUUAAAUCUAUGUCUAGAAUUUUGUAUCAUGGGACAUAUUAUAUACACUUUUUAAAUAAAGUAAUUUUUCUAAAUACAA